AUGUCACUAAGUUACUAUGACCAGCAUUUGGCCUGGCAGCAGAGAGUGUAUAAAGAACUAAGCGCAGCGACAAAAUAUCAUACGUAAGUGAUAAUUAGAUUUGAUGAUGAUCAAAAAAUGAAGUCGUAUUCUAACAGCUCUCAUUCGCAUAAAAGAGCUAGAUCGAAGUAUUCGAGAGAAUCUAAAAUUACAACUGAUACAUUGAAAGAGGAGUUAUUCAGAAAUAAAGUAAAUAGAGCUUAGGAAUGCUUUAUAGUGGAUUGGCUAUAUUAAUUGUAUCAUUUUAAAAUUAAAGCUAUUUUGAGGUCAAUUUUAAAAGAUUUCUAUGCAAAAUUGUUUUGGGGAUUGGAAUUUAUUAUUAAUAUAGAAAAUCUUUUAUAAUGGAAAAAUAUGGCUAAUUAAUGAGGCAAAAUAUAUUAAAAAUCCUGGUCUCAUGACUAUCGUGCUACAAAUGUUUACGCUGAAGUGAGAGGAAAAUACGCAAGACCUCCUCCACCUCUAGCAAAACCUCCAUCUGCAAUGUCAAUGCUAAAUCCUCAAGAAAAUAAACUAAUUUCAAGACCUGCUACCGCAGGAAGUUUACGGCCACGUAGCCAACAAAGAGAAUCGGUGAAAAUUCUUCCUCAAGAUGAUUCGCCAAGGAAAAUUGAAGAUGAUAGGAAUAACGGAAAAGGAAAUUUAAGGCCUAAAAGCCAACAAAGAGAAUAUAAACGUUUCAAUGAAGAAACCUCAUCAGUUAAAAAUAAAAUAGACGAGGAUAGAAAAAGUGUCGCCUCUGAUAUAAUUUCUGUUAGAUCCAAAGCAAGAUCAACGAGAAGUUACUCGUCUAAAAGGGGUGAAUCUCCUGAUAAAAGCCCUCUUCAAAAAAGAGAAAAUUAUGAGCAUGUAAAGGAAAAUACCGAUGUUGUUAAUGAAGAAAAAGAAGAGAUAGUAAAUGAGGAAGGAGAAGUAGUAGAAAAUGAAGCUGAAAAUAAAGAAGAAGGAGCUGAGAAAAGUGAGCAGGAUGUCAUAUCAGUUCACUCGUUCGUAACAACAAGUUCGCAAAAGAGAUAUAUUGAAGAGCUAGAAGACUUGCUUAGGCAAGAAAAACUUAGAAGAAUAAGGGCUGAAGAGCAGCUAGAAAAAGUAUCAUCAAGAGCUUCUCAGCGGCGUCAUUAA